UUCUGAACAGUUGAAGCGCCAGCUCAGCCGAGACAGCAUCGAGAAUCAAGAGCCACAAGAGCACAUCCACAGCCCCGGGGGCCAACAAGGUGUUAAGCGAUCACUGAUAACAAACUAACUGACGAUCGAUCGAUCAGAACGGUUUCGACUUUCCGCGAGUGCUGUAAUCUCCAAUCUGCAAUUUGCAAUCCGAAUCGGAACUUGUGACAAGUGAAAGCAGACGCCAAACAGGAUACUCCACUAAUUUAGGCAACUAAACGCAACCGCAUACCGAAUACCGCAUACCCAUCAAAGAUGCUUGCGUACACUUGGCAAUUCGCAUCACUAGCCUGCCUUGUUAUCCUGGCAACCACGACGAUGACGACACUGGCUGCACCCCAGCAGCAGGAGGUGCCACACGCCCUGCUGGACAUCGAGACGCCCAACCAGUUCAACUACAGUCCAUCGCCACUGGCCCAGCCGGACAGUCUGCGCUCCAAGCCCUACUUCGACUUCCUGAGCACCCUGUACGCCCACGACACGGCCAAGUCGAACCUCUUCCGGCCGUACUCGGUGCGCCAGCGCCGGGAUGCGGGUGCCCAGAAGCUCGUCCUGGAUCGUCCUCGCCGGGCCAUCGUCUUCCGGCCGCUGUUCGUGUACAAGCAGCAGGAGAUCCGCAAGCAGGAGAUCAAGGAGAGGAACGCCGAGAGGCGCCACGAUCUGAACCGCUUCCAGCGACUGUAGUCUCCUCAUCUCCAGUCCAGUCCAAUCCAAUCCAGUGUCCAUCCAGCCAGCCCCGGAUGGGUUGGCCUUCUACAGGGUCCUCUAGCACUUAGCCACUUAGCCACUUUCGAUGCGUCCUAGCCCUAAGUCAAAUGCACUGCAGCACGAAAAGAGAGAGAGCACUCAUCUAAAUAAUAUUAUAUAAUAUAUAUACCCAUUCACACCACCAUCCAGCACUCCACCCACAUCCUCGUAGUUUAAGGCCAGAUGUUUGUUAUGCCACCUGUUAUCGCGACGUUUGAUUAAAGCUAACAAUCGGAUAUAAAA